GUUUUCAACGCAAAAAUAUAGAUAGCUAUGGUGUUCACAAAGAUUUGCCUGACGCUUUAAUGUGCUAGUGUGGACUGACCUGAGAAUAAAUCUUGCUUAAUUAGACUGGGACUGCCAACUUUUGGAGCGAAAAAAAGAAGUCCAGGCUUGUCAAUGCAACCUGACACAGAGAAAAGCUGCAUGAAACAUCUGCUCCUGGGAAGGCAGAAUUGGAAAGACAAUCAUAGGCAACACAUCUUAAUAUUCAUCUCAGAAGCUGACAAACGUGGGAUAAGCAUUGUGGGAAAAGUCACUUGGAACUGUACCUUCACAUUUGUCUCCUUCUACCUCUUCCAACAAACAAACAACAAAAAAAUGUCAAAAGUUGCCACAUUCUGACAACACAAUCUGUGGAAAACACAGCAACAUAUCAAUAAAAAUAACUUCCUGUGGGCAGUGGCAAUGUUUUCAGACACACUAUUCAGGCUGAGUAAUUGGUCAUUGUGUAUUAUAAUGGAAAUGUCAGAGCCAAAAUCUGUCUUAUCUAGAUGUAAAAGCUGUGUGCCAAAAACACCCUUUCAAUCACUCAUUACCUAGCAAUUAGUUUUCACAGGUCACUGAGAGCAACACAAAGAAGCCGAUAAAAACUCAUUACUUGUCUGUUUUUAAAGAGUUAAUGCAUGAAGCUAAAGGUAAAAAUAACGAAAAGGGAAACAGAAUUUGCCCCCUGAUGUUAGGAUUUGAUUUAUCUAACAAACGCUUCCAAAAGUAUUCAUCACAGACCCAAUGUGUCAUGUCACAAACUACAAUGAAUUUUAAUUGGGAUUUCAGACCAACAUAACGUAGUGCAUGACUGUGAAGUGGAAGGAAAACAAUACAAGUUCUUCCAAAAACUUUUGCAAUUAUGAUAUGCGUGACAUGUAACUGUAUUCUCCCCAUUACUCUGAUACCCUUAGAUAAAAUCUAGGUGGUUGUCCAGUUAUUAAAUGGAGUAAACAUCUGUCUGAUUGACUCAGUAUAAAUCAGCUUUCUGUCAAGUUUUGUGAGCAAACAUCAUGAAGACCAAGGAUCACAGUGAACAGGUCGUUGUGGAGAAGUUUAAAAUGGUGGUAGGUCAUGAUAAAAAACCUGUCCUUUUUAUUGGACUUCACAGGAAGCACUAUUCAUGUCAGUCAUCUGAAAACAGAAAAAGGAAAGGAAAACAUUCCCUGGCAAUACACCUAAACUAUUAAGCUGGACAAAAAAAACAAAGCCCAUAGAAGUUGUCUAGAGUUUCUUGAUACCUGUGAAUGAGUUGUAAAUAAGGCCAAGAAGUGUUUAAUAGCCAUGGAUGCCACAAAUCUGGCAAGAAUGACAAAAAGAAAGCUACUGUUUAACAAAAAUCCUAUAUGCCACAAGUCAUGGACACAACAAACACAUAGAAAUAAGGGCAAUUUUGAAACCAAAAUUGAACUUUUAGCCCAACGUGCAAAACACUAUGCAUGUCAGGAAAAAUCUUCCAUGUUUAAUUUUAACUUGGAAAUUAGAUAUUUUGUAGUAUUUUGCCUUAGUUAUGUUCUCAUUUUAGUAACCCAGUCUAUUGACUGCUACAUAUGCUCCAUAUGUCAAGUAAUGGUGGUCCAGCAUUGAUUAACAUGUCAAGUAACUAUGAUUUAUGGCCCUCAUAAAGAUAGAGUUUUAUACUUUUAACACAGUACAUAUGUGAUUUUUAGGGUCUGAUUUUCUGCCCAGAUAGGAGACUAAUAACUACUACUCAUACGCUGCACAGAACAAGAGGUCUUUGUUGAAAGAAAACCUUAAAGUGAACUGUUUAGAAUUUGACGCCAGACAUGUAGGGAACACAGCAUGUAUGUCUAAGGAGGAACUCUGGUCAGAAAAAAUAUCUAGAUUCAACUGUGAGCCCAAAAGGGCAAAAUGCUAUAUGUGGAGGAAAACUGAUACUAUGCAUCACUUUGAACAAAGUAUACUCAUGAUGACCCAUAGUGGUGUCAGCAUUAUACUGUGUGGAGGCUUUUCUUCCUGAUGGAAGUUGAUGCAGCAAUAAAUUGAGUCAAAUACAGGAGAACCUGUUUGAAGCAACAAACUCAACUUCUUCCAGGACAAUGACUAAAAAUGCUACAAUAGCUACAAUGAAUAGUUUAGAUCAAAUAUUCAGUUGUUCAACUAGAUCAGUCAAAGUAAAAAUCUACAAUUUAGAAUCUGUGGCAAGACUUGAAAACAAACCAUCUCAGAUAUUGUUACUUUGAAAGGAGGAAUGAACAAACACGGUUGAUUCUAAGAUGUGAAAAGACGAUAGAAACAUACACCAAAAGAUGGCCACAUGUGGUCUGAGCAAGAAAAACAAAACAAAAAAACAAUUGAGUUCUGUUUCAAAAUGUCUCAGAAAGGAGGUGACAUUUUCUUUCCACUUUACAUUUAUUGGCUACGUUGUGUUGGUCUAUUGGACAAAACCCCAGUGAAAUGCAGUUUGUAUUCAAAAAAAUGUAAAACAUUUCAAAGGGUACAAAUGCUUUUGCAUGGCUCCAUAUGAAAACCACUGAGAGUUUAGGUCUCGGUCAGUCUGGUGGGAUACACGGCCCCUCUGUUAAUCCCCCGUCUUUCCAUACCAUUUCACAUAUCACCCACGGGCUCCUGGGCUGUCAUCCCACUCCCCUCCUGGCCAUCAACCAGAAGAAAGAUAACAUCCGACAGGAUCUGAGCAGGAGUGCCAGUUUAUCGGAGAAAGAGCUGAAGGAGGCACGGCUGAAGAGUCACAUCAUUGCUGCUCAGCUCACCAUCCCCUCCAACUCCGGCUCCAGCUCCAGGGGUGUGCAGCUUUUUAAUCGGCGCAAGCAGAGAGUGAACGCCUUCACACUCGAAAGCUGCGGACAGGGGUCAGAGGUGGACAAAACUGAGAAUGUGAAAAGUGAUUCCUUGUCCAACAAGCAAACCUGGGCAGAGAGAAGCUGUGAGGAUAAGGACACAGACCUGAACUUAAAUAAUAAUAAGUUACACUUUUUGCCACCUGCAAGCAGCCCUUCAACUGGUGGCAUAAUGGAUGAAGAAAAUAAGAAUUUUAUCAAAGAUGAAGACACGGAGAACUAUGAUAUCAAGGAAAGACAUUUCCUCCCUGUCAAAGAAGAGCCAGAAGAAGAGGAUGACAUAAAGGAUAAAAUUCAUGAGGUUCUAGAGGACGAUGCUAGACACCAAACUCCUCUGGGAAGUAAUGACUCUCAUCCAGCUGUGAUGGCACAUGUUGAAAGGAAGACAGAAACAAAUGAGGGCCACCCAGCAGUUGUUCCCUCUGAAAAGCUUCUUAAUGGCUGUCACAGCACCUCUGGUUCAGAGAGGAUUUCCUUAGUCUCACCCUCCAAGCAGACGCCAGCCUUCCUCAACAGAACGGCUCGACCUUUCUUCUCACCACCAACUGUCCUCUCUCCAGAUUCAGUCAAUCCUGCUACAGACAUCCCACCUCCCCCGUCUUAUGCCACUCCUCCUCUCCCUUCUUCCACUCAACCUGUCACAUUCUCUCCUCCACCUCCACCACCAUCAUACCCAACACCUCCUCUGCCGGCCUUCACAAACCAACCUCCACAGACGUUCUACUCUGGUCCACUUCCAAUGUCUCCUCCCAUGUCAUCUCCAUGCCUUUCGCCAUCCAACUUUCCUGUUUCCCAGCACCCACCUGCACCCCACUGUGGCCCUCUGACAGCUCCAAAGCCUUCCACCUUUGUUCCACAGUCCACUGGAGAAAGGAAGCUGAUAACACCAAUCAAAACAGGAAUACUAGAAGAAGGCGCAGCCAGGAGGGCAAACAAGAAGUCAAUGUUUACAUUUAAAGAGAAGCCAGUGGUUGCUCCAAACCCUGAGCUGCUCUCUCUGGUGCAAGGAGCGGAUGAAAGAAAGAAACAUGGACACAGAUCUGUCCCUGAACCAGCACUUGAAGAGGAGUUACUGGCUUUGGGAGCAGAAGCUUCUAACUUCCUUGCGAAAGCAGAGGAAAAGACAGCGGGAGCAAGAGCCCCAGAGUGGGCAUCCUGUCUCAAAAGCUCAAAGACCAGACCAAGGCUAGACCAUCGUCCAGAGCAGAGCCUCACAAAUGUGUCAGGCAAGGGGGCUGAAUUGUUUGCCAAGCGUCAAUCAAGGAUGGAGAAAUAUGUUGUUGAGAAUCAGAAUCCAGGACAAAUUAGGUCUCCCUCCCCCACAAUGUCGUUACCACCAUCCUGGGUUUACCCAUCGAACAUGCCAGGAAGGGUCAAAGCCAUUGCCAAGAACUCCGAAGUGAGCGCACAGAUUUCGCAAAAUCUAAAGGCCCAGCAAGCCGUCAAGCAAAAACCAAAAACAAAAGUUGCAGUACCAGAGCCAGUUCCAGAACCACCAACUACUUUAGAAAAUGGUUGCUCCAAGAUAGAGAUGGACCUCGCAAGACACCGUCCCUAUCAGCUCAACUCUUCCCUCUUUGUCUUCAACCCAGUCAAGGACCCAAUAAGCACAUUACCCAGAGGAGCACCACAAGUCAAGAACCUACUCAGCAGCCAAAGUUUUUCUAGACACACUUCUCUACCUAACACUUCACCAUCUUAUUAUGGUAGUAUGUCACCUCAGUUGCCUCUCACCUCCCCAAGAGGAUCAGAAUACCCAGCAAAUCCAGCUUCCCCACAUGCGAGGAUCACUUCUUUGAUGUCUCCUUUUUCUCCAGAACGAGUUUCCUCCCCUCGGUCUGGAGUUCAGGCACCAAAGCCAACGUUUUCUGCCAAGAAGGCAGGAAUUACACCACAGGAAUCAGAGGAGUCAUCCCCUGUUGAAAUUACUGGUGAAACAUCCAGGGCAACCAGUACACCUAGCCUAACCAGACGUUUCAGCAGCCCAGCAAACCAAGCAACUAGAAAAUGGAUCUCCAGCUCUCAAACAAGCCAGUCACCAACCACCACCAGCGGAUCUAUCUGUUCUGUCAAGUCUCCUGUCAAUUUGUCCAGUAAUGCAAGAUCCCAAUCUUUUAUGUCGAGUCAGAAUAGCCAAUUUUCCUCUGUUAAUUCCACUUCUGCAUCCAGGCCCUCCCAAGCAGCUACAGUCACUUCUCCAUGCUCUCCACCUUGGGGUUCCAGAUGUCAGUCCCCAGCUGUCAGCCAGUCCUCCACUACUACCUCCAUUCCUUUUUCCAAACCCUCUGAAAACUCUAAAACCCAUUAUCCUAUUUCUCCUCCUUGGGGUUCAAGAUGCCAGUCCCCAUCUGUGAGCAAUAAUAACAAGACCUCCUCUGCUUCGGCUUUCUCUGUGUCCAGACCCUCCAUCACAUCUGUCGCCACAUCUACAAUCUCCCCUCCCUGGGGAUCAAGGUGCCAAUCCCCAGCAGUGAGUCAGAAUACCCAAUCUUCCACCUUUUCCCCUGGUCCUACAUGCAGACCUUCUCAAACUCCUCCUUGGGGAUCAAGAUGCCAGUCACCUUCCGUAAGCCAGAAUAAUCAAUCCUCCGCUGUCUCUGUUUCCCCAUCCAGACCUCUGCAAAUAUUUGCAGCCACAUCUCCUGUUUGCCCUCCAUGGAGCCCCCGCUCCCAAUCACCUGCACUGUUUCAAAGCAGCUCAUCCUUUCAAUCCACUAAUCCUCUGCACACAACAGCCACUGCCUCCUCUCCACGACAACAAAAAGACAAUCGCUGCACGUCCCAGAUUGUUAACAACCUAGACUCAAAAGCAAAUCACCGUCUCCUUGCAAAGAAUAUUAUAAAUGCAGCCAAACGUAAAAACAGCCCCUCCCCUGGAGCACUGAGCAGUCACGGCCUCCCCAUUUCACCUGUGGGAAACUUUCAAAACGACUGGCAAAAACCACCAAUUAGCCCCUUCCAGCAGAGGUCCUUGGGUGCACAGUCUCCCACCUUCACCAGCCCUCCUGUCACCCCAACUCAGAGAAUCUGCUCACCUGUAAGGCUCUACAACACCCGUUCUCUGACCGACUCAGAUGCCUCUGUUGAGUCCGAGGACUCUGGGCUCAGGUCGCCUGGCCUACACUCCUACAACACCUGCCCCCGUGGCUGGGGCGGCAGCCUGCGGGUCAAAAGAAGUACUGUCUCCACUGACCUGUGAGAUUGUUAAACUACUGGAUGUUCAAUUAAAACAGAAUUUCAGCAUUCAUAGACCCUUGUUUGGCCUUGGAAGAUAAUUUGAGUUUUGGACUGAGUUGCUUAAAUUUCAGUGAAGCUAAUUGUUGGACCUAAAUCAUAGUAAAUGUUAUAUUAAAAUAGUUUUAGGUUUCUACGGGGCUCACAUUCCUUGUAUGCACUGACAAGAACAAGUUUUUUAUGAAACACAGUUGCUGUGGCUUGUACGCUUCUGACAUACCAAAAAGUGCUCAAAAAAUAAUCAAAGGUUAUAGCCUCUAUUAUACUUUUAAAACAAACACACCUUCACAGUCAUUACAACAUUAAUUAUACCGACUGGUCUGAUAAAAGUCAUAACAAGAGACUUCAGGCAUAAAACAGGCACAUCAAAUUAGUAAUAACAUUUAGCUUAAUGGGCAUUUUGCUGCUUUAGUUAAAGCAUUAUUGAUGUUUUGUAAUAGUACACUGCAUGCAAUGAUCACAUUUUACAGUUGCAUUUGAUUUCUUCUGUACUGGGUGUUAUCUUCAGGUCCCUUCAUCAUUUUCAUUUUUUUACCAUGUUUCAAUCACAAACCCUAAUGUGUUUUAGAACUUUAAAUGAUUCAUGGUGGUUUUCAAAUUGAAACAAAAACUAAAAAAAAAACAAAAAACAUGCAUUUAUAUUUAAGACCCCAUGUGACUUUCUAGAAUCACAUUUUACUGCAACUAUAUUUGCAUGACUUUUGGAGAAUGUUUCUGUCUGGAGUCGAUAAACGUUGCUUCUUCUUUGCAAAAAGGCUCAAGCUCAGUUAAGGUGGAUUUAGGAUUUCUGUGGAUUUCUGUGGGCAGAAAAUUUUCAGUCACAUUUUCUCAGUUGGCUAUGGAUCUGGACUUUGACUGGACUAUGAACAUCUUUAGGUCUAAAGUUUAGAGCUACAAUAGAAUGGUUUAGACUCUAAACCAUUCUAUUGUAGCUCUGGUUGUGUUUAUUGAUGUCCUGCUGGCAGGUGAAUUUCCCUAUUCUGAAGUCUUUUGUAGCCUUUAAAUGGUUUUCUUCUCAUAUGGCCCAUAUUAAGCUUUAUGCAACUUCGUAGGAACUCAGACAAGAUUUCAUUUCUGCUUAGGAAAAUCAUCCCCACAGGAUAAUGCUGCCAGCACUACGUUUCACCAUGGUGAGUAUUUGCUUAGGUUAAUGUGCAGGAUUAAUCUUCUGGAACACAUAGGACCUUCCAUGAAGGCAUAACAAUUUAAUUCUCUUUACACAUUAAUGUUUGUGGUUGUAGUGUGACAAAAGGUGAGGCCUACGAAGGCCAAUGACUUGUUUAACAAGUUUCUCUAAGUUUCUAAAACUUUCUUUCAUGAUGUCCGCAUUGUCAUUCUUGGUUAAUUGACUAAACUACAUUCUAACUUUACAUGAAAUCCAAUGGACAAUUUAUACAGCACGAUAACCAGCUGACAUGUAUAUAAGUUCUAUUAAAUACUGAAAUAAGUGAAUGUAUGCUUCAUAGAAAGAAGUACAGAAAAGUGGAGUGUAUUGAAAAGAAAGGACGUGGAAGUAAAGUCUAAUCGAGUAUGGUGAAAUGCUUUAAAAACUUUCUCAGAAUAUUUUCUUCAUGUUUCCUUUGCUAUCACCAAUACUUAUUGCUCUUUAGUCCAUAUUAGUAGGAUCUUUGAUGUGGAACAGAUUAAAAUAUUUGAGUCUGUUUGAAAAAGGUUUAGAGGUGAAAGUGUAUGUCAGACAAGUGGAGAAGGAGAAACAUGAUUAAAAUCUAUGGUGAAAAGGACAGAAGCAUGUUUGAAACUGAGUUAUGGUGAAAGCGAGAUCGGAAGAAUGAAUUAUAUUUCAGCUGUAUAUGAUAGUCUCAUGUACAUUUUUAGUAACUUGUAAAGUUUCUUUUUAUACUUGAAUGCACUUGUGAUCAUUUCAUUGUACAGGCAAAAUUGUCAUUAAAAGCUUGAGUUGCUAAAACAAAAGGCAAAUAAAUGUCUUACUAUGAAACUUCAACCAGUCCUGGACAAUGCUGCAUGUUAGGAUGAAGCUGGCAAUUAGUUGCGAAUGUAAGUGCUCCUAGAGUUAUGUUUCUGCUUCAGGAAGUGUAACCCUUUCCACCUUGCCUGGUCCUGCAACAGAACAACAGAUUACUUUUUCGUUCGCUGACUCACAGGCUGAAAGGAUCAGCACAUUGCUAAAUAUUUACUCUGUGUAUCUUUUGAGUGACAGGAACUUCUGCUCCUUGGUGUCCUUGCUCCUUCAGCAGGAUUGAGCCUAUCACUGUCAUGGAUAGAUUUCAGCCGAGGUCACCUCUGGGCAGCCUGCACACAUCCUCGAACAGAUACCAAGAAAACACUUCAUGACCUGUUUAAGUUUGCUUAUAGGUUUUAUGGAUACCUGACUGUGUCACUGCAUUUCCUGAAUUCAACUUGUUUUAUAUCAUAACACAAUUAAUAAACUGAUGCACAAUAAAACAUCUGUUGAAAAUG